GCCCCCUUUGUUCCCGGAAGUGGAGAGGAUCGGCGUUGCCAUGGCGGCGACCCUGGGGCAGGUGCUGGCUCUGGUGCUAGUGGCCGCUCUGUGGGGUGGCACACAGCCAUUGCUGAAGCGGGCCUCCUCUCGCCUGCAGCAGGUUCAUGAGCGGACCUGGGCCCGGCAGUUGCUGCAGGAAAUGAAAACCUUGUUCUUGAAUCCCGAGUACCUGAUGCCCUUUUCUCUCAACCAGUGUGGCUCCCUUCUCUAUUACCUCACCUUGGCAUCAGCAGAUCUGACCCUAGCUGUGCCCAUCAGUAACUCUCUGGGCAUCAUCUUUACACUGAUUGUUGGGAAGGUCCUUGGAGAAGAUAUUGGUGGAAAACGAGCAUUUGCUGGCAUGGUGCUCACCGUGGCAGGAAUUACACUCUGCAUCACAAGCUCAGUGACCAAGAGCCAGGGGCAACCGUCUGCACUUUGAGUGAACCAAGGCCACCUCCAGCUCUGCUAUCUCCAGGAAACCCUUGGGCCAUGAGGUGGAGGCAGUGAGCCUGGGAAUUAGGCCUCCCACCCCAGCCCCAGCCCCAGCCUCAGCUUCCUCACCUCCUGGGAUAAUAACUACCUCAUGGAUCAUAAUAAGAGAACAAGAGUGAAAGGGUUUUGUAACUUUCACGUGCUGUUCAACCACUCAGAUUUAGCACAAGAGACUUCACCCUCACCCUCAGCAGCCCUCGUGCCCCAGCAGCACUCUCUCUGCUGUCUCGUCAGGUCCCCAGAGCUGUCACUGUUACUAUGGCCUGACCUGGACUAUCCCAGCAGCUGGGCGGUGGACUGCAGAACCCCAGCUGCAAGGAGAAGGCCAGCUACAGCCUCUGGGCCAGAAAUGCAGGCAGGAGGCCUC